GAAAAUCUAACAUAAUGGAUGCUGUUAGUUUUGCGAUGUGUGAAAAGACAUCGAAUUUGCGAGUUAAAAGUGUUCGAGAACUUAUUCAUGGAGCACAUGUUGGAAAACCAGUUUCUUCUACAGCUAGUGUGAAGAUAGUAUAUUGUGAAGAAGAUGGGGAAGAAAAAACAUUUUCAAGAGUGAUCCGUGGUAGUUGUUCUGAAUUUCUUUUCAAUGAUAAACCUGUCAGCCGAUCUACUUACAUAGCUGAGCUUGAAAAAAUAGGCAUACUUGUCAAAGCUAGGAAUUGUCUUGUUUUUCAGGGAACAGUAGAAUCGAUUGCAAUGAAGAAGCCGAAGGAGAGAACUCAACUUUUUGAACAGAUCAGUAAUUCAUGGGAAUACGCUGAAGAAUAUGAGCAAAAAAAGAAAAAAAUGCAGCAAGCGGAAGAAGAUGCACAGUUUAAUUAUAACAAGAAAAAAAGUAUUGCAGCAGAACGCAAACAAGCAAAGAUAGAGAAAGAGGAGGCAGACCAUUACCAGAUGCUUCUCAAGGAACUGGAUGAAGAAAGGAUACAGCUGCAGCUUUUCAAGCUUUAUCACAACGAAACAAACAUUGACUUCGUGAAAAAAAGUUUGGAUGAAAAGAAUAUGGAGGCUAGUAUCAAGAAAAUGUCUCUUUCUGCAGCAGAAGAUUCAUUUAGAGCCAAGAAAAAAGAGCUUGGUGUACUAAACAGAGACCACCAGCACAUGGAAAGAGAAAUGAAGACUCUGGAAGCAUCACUGAUUCAGCAGAGACCCCUCUAUAUAAAAGCAAAGGAAAAUACUUCCUACCAAAUCAAGAAAGUAGAAAUGUCAAAAAAAUCUCUAAGGGACAAGGAGAAAUCCUGUGAUAAGGAAAAACAGGAUAUAAAAGAACUAGAGAUAGAACUGAAUGAUAUUGAGAGGGUGUGGAGAGUGUUUGAAAAGAAAGCUGAAGAAAAGAUGUUGCGGAGAGCAGCAGAUAUUGAGCUGGGAGAAAGCCAGUUGGAACGCUAUAAAGAGCUGAAGGAAAUUUCAAGAAAGAAAGUAGCUACACUAACUCAGCAGCUAGAAAAACUUCUCUGGGAGGAAAAAGGAGAUCAAGAAAGGCUGAAACUUAAUCGGAGGAAGAAAAAAGAAGUUGAGGGAAACAUAAAACAGACGGUGGAACAGAUAGAAGAGCAUAAAAAACGAAUAGAGAAGUUGGAAGAAUAUGCCAAGAUAUGCACUGAAUCAUUAGCACAGAAAAAACAGCAAGAGGAGGCGCUAACUGAGGAAAUGGAAAAUUCAACAAUGCGAAUGGCUGAAGUGAACGAAGAAUUGAAUAAAGUCGUUGGUGAACUGCAGAAUGCCAGAAUUGAUUACCAUGAAGGAAGGCGUCAGCAAAUGAGAGCGGAGAUCCUGGAAAGUCUCAAAAGACUAUACCCGGGUUCUGUGUUUGGAAGACUGCUUGACCUGUGUCAUCCUAUUCAUAAAAAAUACCAGCUUGCAGUUACCAAGGUAUUCAGCAAAUAUAUGACUGCUAUUGUUGUUGCCUCUGAAAAAACAGCAAGAGAUUGCAUUCUGUUCCUAAAACAAGAAAGAGCCGAGCCUGAAACUUUUCUGGCCUUGGAUUACCUUGAUGUUAAACCAAUCAACGAAAAGUUAAGAGAAAUAAAAGGAGCUAAAAUGAUGGUGGAUGUUGUACAAACUCCAUUUGCUCCACUAAAAAAAGUGAUUCAGUUUGUAAGUGGGAACGGCUUGGUCUGUGAAACAGUUAAAGAAGCAAAACAAAUAGCAUUUGAUGGACCAGUAAGGCUGAAGACAGUGGCUCUUGAUGGAACUUUGUUUUUGAAAUCUGGAGUGAUUUCUGGAGGAUCAAGUGAUUUAAGAUUUAAAGCUAGAUGUUGGGAUGAUAAAGAAAUUAAUAACAUGAAAGAAAGAAGAGAUAGCUUGAUUAAUGAGUUGAAGGACUUAAUGAAGAUCAAACGUAAGGAGGCUGACUUAAAGCAGUUGCGUGCUCAGUGCCACGGAACUCAGACGCGACUCAAAUAUUCACAGAGUGAAUUAGAACUUAUUCAAAAGAAACAUCUUGGUAAUCUCUACACGGAAAAAUCAAAACUGGAAAGUGAACUCCUAAAUAUUGAGUCUCAGCAUGAUAUGCUGAAUGAAGGACUAGCACGAAGAAAUGAAAAAAUAGAAGAAUUUCAGAAAAAAAUUAAUGAGGUUGAAGAUGCUGUUUUCCGGGAGUUCUGUGAAGAAAUUGGUAUAGAAAAUAUUCGUGUGUAUGAACGAGAACAUGUGAAACAACAAGAGGAGAUUGAUAAGAGAAGGUGUUAUUUGUAA